AUGGAGAACUACCAGAAGAUGGAAAAGAUUGGCGAGGGUGAGUCUUGCCCAACACGCCCGCGCUUGGCCUGUGAGCACGCAAAACUGACGACUGCUUGCNNAGGCACAUACGGAGUUGUCUACAAGGCGCGCGACCUGACCACGCCCGACAACCGCAUCGUCGCCCUCAAGAAGAUCCGUCUGGAAGCCGAGGAUGAGGGCGUGCCGUCGACGGCCAUCCGCGAGAUCUCGCUCCUCAAGGAGAUGAGCGACCCCAACAUCGUGCGCCUGUUCAACAUUGUCCACGCCGACGGCCACAAGCUGUACCUCGUCUUCGAGUACCUCGACCUGGAUCUGAAGAAGUACAUGGAGGCUCUGCCCGUCUCGCAGNNGGGAGGCCGUGGCAAGCCGCUGCCCGAGGGCUGCAUGGACGGCCGCGCCGGCCACAUGGGACUCGGCGACGCCAUGGUCAAGAAGUUCAUGCACCAGCUGUGCGCCGGCAUCCGCUACUGCCACUCCCACCGCAUCCUCCAUCGCGACCUGAAGCCCCAGAACCUGCUCAUCGACAAGGAGGGCAACCUCAAGCUCGCCGAUUUCGGUCUGGCCAGAGCCUUUGGUGUGCCGCUGCGCACCUACACCCACGAGGUGAGCCCCCCGCCCCCUUGCCAGCCUCUACCUUCCAAUGCUUCUUCUUCUUCUUCUUCUUCUUCUUCUUCUUCUUCUUCUUCUUCUUCUUCUUCUUCAAGCAUGCACUUGACGUCUGAAACUGACACUGCCCCANNGGUCGUCACCCUCUGGUACCGCGCUCCCGAGAUCCUCCUCGGCGGACGUCAAUACAGCACAGGCGUCGACAUGUGGUCCGUUGGCUGCAUCUUUGCCGAGAUGGCCACGCGCAAGCCUCUCUUCCCCGGCGACUCUGAAAUCGACGAAAUCUUCAAGAUCUUCCGCAUCCUCGGUACUCCCAAGGAAGAGGACUGGCCCGGUGUCACCAGCUUCCCCGACUUCAAGCCCAGUUUCCCCAAGUGGUCGCGCAACCCCGACGACGACAUCAUCAACCACGACGGCGCAAGAGUCCUGGGCGAGGACGGCAUCGACCUUCUCGAGUCGCUGCUCAUCUACGACCCUGCCGGCAGAAUCUCAGCAAAGCAGGCCUGCCUACACCCCUACUUCAACGACUCAAAGUACUACGGCGCACGAAACGGCUACCACUGA